AUGUCGUCGCUCUUCGGUGCCCAACCCCAGCAACAGCAAUCUGGUGGUCUUUUUGGAAACACUGCGAAUAAAACGCCAAGUUUGUUUGGCAACACACAACAGCAGCAGCCGACCGGAGGUUCGCUCUUUGGAAACACGCAAAAUAAACCAGCCACAGGGACGGGCCUCUUUGGCUCAAGCGUCAACCAGCCUCAACAGCAGACCUCGAGCUUAUUCGGGGCCGCACAGACACAGCCACAGACACAGACGCCGGCACAAACGCAAACACAGCCGCAAGCAGGUGGUAGUCUCUUUGGAUCAACGACUCAGCAGAAGCCCGCAGGAGGUUUAUUUGGAGGAGUCACACAGCAGCCCCAGCAAACAGGAACGAGCCUUUUUGGAGCUACGAACAAUGCCCAGCAGCAACCCCAACAGCAGCAGCAGCAGCCACAGCAACAACAGUCGCUGUUUGGUGGCGGUGGCUCUCUUUUCUCAAAUCAGCAACAGCAACCUCAGCAGCAACCCCAAUUAGGGCAGACUAUGAACCAGUCACAAUUGGGAUCCUCGUUAUGGUCUCCAGGUCGCGCGAUCACUGGUGUACACCGAACGGUUCCAGCGCAGAUGGAGAUUAUCAGGGACAAAUGGGAUCCUACCAACCAGACCUCCCAUUUCCGCACGUAUUUGUACAACUUUGUCGGCGAGGACCAGGCGCCCUUUUUCCAGCCAGGACCGGAAGACGACGCGACUAAAUGGGAGGAAGCCUUGAAGUCUCGGCCGGAACCUGGCAGUGUUCCAGUUCUGGUUAAAGGAUUCUGGGAGCUUGGGAAACGCGCUCAGAGGCAAAAGGAUUUCCUCAGCAUUAUGCAAACUCGCCUGCACGAGAUUAACCAGUGCCUCACCGACCUUCUAUCGCGCCAUGACCUCAAGAUUUCAGUAAGAAUCGCCGACUGCCGACGAAAACAUCUCGUCUUGAGUCAGCGAUGCCUAUCACUUGCCGCGAAGACCCAAGUACUGAGGAACCGUGGUUAUGCUAUGGAUGAUGCGGAAGAAGAGCUUAAAAAGAAAUUGAAUCAGUUGGAGCGCGGCAUUUUUGACGCAGCAAUAGCCGGACGCGCCGAAGAGAUCUGGGCACGAAUGCUUGCUAUUCGCGAGCAUUCUAAGCGGCUUACUGCAGAAAUUGAGCGGGCUGGAUCUGGUGCCAAUGGCGACGCCGACGAGUCGCUCGACGAAAACGUGAUUAAAACUGCCAAAAAGAUUCUCGAAGACUACGCUUCGCAAAUCCACCAUCUGCAGAAAGAGCUGGUGUCCAUACAGAAAGAGUUGGACGAAGCACAGGAAGCUCAGCUAUCUACAAUGUCCGCUUCACCAGAGGCUCAACCAGCCUCGCCGGCGCCUGAACGGGACGAGCUUCAAGAGGAGCUCAAUGACCUCAACGACACAGGCGAAGCCGGCGCGGGCGACGCGGAUCUUUCUGACGAUGAGUCCGUACUGUCAGAAGUCGAUGAAGCGCAAUUCGAGGACUUCAACCCGGACGAUGUCGAUAUCGAAGACCGUCCGGCACUGGAUGUUGAUGCGGAGAAUCUGAAACUUAUUGGCCGCCACAAGCGCAAGCGUCGUGACGAUGAAGAAGGUGAACCGAGAAGGAAUCGAGAGGGCCGCCGUGACAAGAAGAAACGUCACCAGACAGAUUCGGAGGUCGAAGAUGGCGAUGGAAAAGCGGCUCGUCGGAAGUCAACUAAAAGCAAACGUGCUGCUACACCAGAGGAUGAUGAGACGCUUAGUCCUGAAGAACGUCGCCGACGUGCUCUUGAUCGUGCUUUGGACGCCUCCAUGAAGAAACCGCAGAGACGCAGACGCAAGGCUGAUGGAAUUGACCUGGAACAAAUGGCGGAUGCGGAAAUCGAAGAUAUGCGAAAGCGUAUGACCGAUGCUGCUCGACUUGACGCAGAAGCCCGCCGAGAAGGCCAACCAGCCAUGCGCAAACUCAAAAUGCUGCCGGAAGUCUUGAACUUGUUGAACCGUAACCAGUACACUGCUAGCUUGGUGGACCCUGAAAUCAACCUUUUGGAAGCAGUCAAGUUCUUCCUGGAGCCCCUCGACGACGGCGAAUUGCCCGCAUACAAUAUCCAGCGCGACCUGCUCGACGUGCUUGGAAAACUGCCCAUCAACAAAGACACUUUGAUCGCCAGUGGCAUUGGUAAAGUGAUUGUCUUCUACACGAAGAGCAAGAGGCCCGAGCAAAAGAUCAAGCGGCAGGCAGAACGUCUCCUUGCGGACUGGACUCGCCCAAUUCUCCAGCGGACCGACGAUUACUCGAAACGUGUCUAUGAAGAAGUUGAAUUUGAUCCUACACGUCUGGCUAACCGGGCCAAUAUUGCGCAACGGACUGCCGAUGAAGCGCGUGCUAUGGAACUUCUACCGCCUCGUCUGGCCAACCGUGCUCGCCGAGAGAUGGGCCACACUUCAUACAACAUUGUCCCCCGUUCAACUGCUGUCCAGGAUAACAAAUUCGCGCGUCCGGUUGGAGCCAGCGGCGAAGAUCGUUUCCGAAGGAUGAAGGCACGCCAGCUAAAUGCUGGCAAGGCCUCACGCAAGUGA